AUGGCUGAUAGAAGACUUACUUCGAGAAGAAGUAGUAGUGCUGUUAUCGAUCAUCAUCAUCAUCGUGAUCAAAAGAAAUCAUCAUCAUCAUCAGACCACAAAGUUGUGGAAGUGAUUCAUCGUCGAACCAUACAAGUUCAAACUGUCGUUGAAGAUCGGUAUAAAAUAUCAUCAUCAUCUUCUUCUUCUUCUUCUUCUACUUCACGACCUAGUAAUCAUUCUUCUACAUCACGAUCAUCGUCAUCACAUCAUCAUAAUUUGUCGUCUUAUAAUAAUAAUAAGGCAAUAAGUGUAAGUAGUAGUAGUGGUGCUACUAGGGCUUCUAGUAGCGGUGUACAGCACCAUCAUCAUCAUCAACAACAACAAAUUGUGAAACAAAAAGCUAUAGCAAUAAGUUCACAAAAUCACUACUCCUCCAAAAAUAGUACACAACAUCAUCAUCAUGAUCAACAAAAGUCGAUCAAUCAUUCGAGCUCCAAACAUCAUCAUGAACAUAAAUCAUCUUCUUCAUCGUCUAAGAAUAAUCAACAAGCCAUGAUCACUAGUGCUUCUGCUUCUGCUUCCACGCAUAAAAAUAAUAAUAAACAAGUUUCGGAAUUCAAAGUAGGUGGCUUCAGCGUACUUCGUUUUGAAACAUUUAAGUGA